CAAAAACGCCGUCCCGCUGUCGGACGCCACACGGCGUUAAAGCAUGAAGCAGAAGCUGUUAGAAAUGCGCCGGACGCUUUGCCCUCCCCCCCGGGUGGACGCAAACCUGGACCUGAAGGCACCGGUGGGCAGCGACCCGCGGGCAGAGAAGAUGAUAAUGCGGCGGGAGAUCUCUCUGCCCAACGGCGUGUGUCUCAUCGUGGGUAACAUGAUCGGCUCGGGGAUCUUCGUGUCUCCCAAGGGCGUCCUCCUGCACAGCUCCUCCUACGGCCUGUCGCUGCUCAUCUGGGCCCUCGGGGGCCUGUUCUCUGUGUUUGGGGCCCUUUGCUAUGCCGAACUGGGCACCACUAUCGGGAAAUCGGGUGCCAGCUAUGCUUAUAUCCUGGAGGCCUUCGGGGGGUUAGUGGCCUUCAUCCGUCUCUGGACGUCCAUCCUUCUCGUGGAACCGGCCAGUCAGGCGAUCAUCUCUCUGACGUUUGCCAACUAUCUGGUGGAGGCGCUGUACCCGACCUGCCAGCCUCCGUACGAUGCCGUGAGGCUCAUCGCCGCCGCCUGCAUCUGUAUUCUGAUCUUUAUAAACUGCGCCUAUGUGAAGUGGGGGACGCUGGUCCAGGACAUCUUUACCUACACCAAGAUCAUGUCACUGAUCAUCAUCAUAUCCAUCGGCAUAAUUAAAAUAAUCCAAGGAGAGACUAAGAAUUUUGAAAACCCAUUCGAGGGAUCCUCCAUGGAGUCCGGGAGCAUUGCGCUGGCCCUGUACUCCGCCCUGUUCUCCUACUCUGGCUGGGACACGCUUAACUUUGUUACAGAAGAGAUCGUCAAUCCAGAAAGGAAUUUACCUCUUGCCAUUGCCAUCUCCAUGCCGAUCGUGAGCAUCAUCUACCUGCUGACCAACGUGGCGUACUACUUGGUGCUGGACAUUCCUUCCUUCAUGGCCAGCGAUGCAGUCGCAGUGACUUUUGGAAAUCAGGUUCUGGGACCCAUUAGCUGGGUCAUUCCCAUCGCCGUGGCUAUGUCCUGUUACGGAGGACUGAACGCCUCGAUCAUUGCCGCCUCCAGGUUGUUCUUUGUGGGGGCGAGAGAGGGCCACCUACCUGACAGCCUGAGUCUGAUCCAUGCUGAGCGCUACACUCCUGUCCCUGCCCUCCUCUUCAGUGGCAUAAUGGGGCUGAUCUUCCUGUGUGUGGAGGACGUGUUCCAGCUCAUCAAUUACUUCAGCUUCAGCUACUGGUUUUUCAUGGGUUUGUCCGUGGCAGGACUGAUCUACCUCCGGAUCACACAGCCAGACAGACACAGACCUGUCAAGCUUACGCUCUUCUUUCCCUUCAUCUACUGCCUCUGCAGUCUUUUCUUGGUCAUCGUGCCCCUCUACAGUGACACAAUCAACUCCCUCAUAGGAAUCGGCAUUGGGCUGUCUGGAAUUCCAGUUUACUACUGCUGUAUCCACCUGCCAGAGGAAAAGAGGUUCAAAUGGCUCGGCCGGCUAAACGCCCUCGUAACCAAAUACACCCAGAUCCUGUGCUGCUGCUGUUUAACUGACCUGGACGUGGUGCCAGAGAAGCUGACCGACGACAAGAGCCACUGAUCUCCUAAACAGAACCCGUGGAGAGUCUUUUACUUUUGAUAGCAGCAGUAUUUGUACGUUUGAAGUGGACUUGAACAUCGGUGCUUUGUUGACACCUCUCGGAAAGACUGAUCCUGUUCUCCUUCAGCCAGACUCUGAAGUUAUUACUUGAUUAUUCUUAGGGCAGGAAAGAAGCCACUGUCUCUGAUCACAUGGACAUCAAAUAAGCAGAGGCAGGGACUUCUUUCCUCCAAAACCACAUGCUGAUGUGAAGCUUGCUUGACUGUAGACGGUGUACACAGUGUCCAUCAUGUUCCAACAGCUUUUAAUUCAGUGCUGAUUAAGUUAAUGCUUUUUGGAUGACAUCUGACCACUCACACUCAUUUUCUCUCAUAAAGCAUAAAGUUUUAGUUUGGAGUUUCCUUCUGUGAUCUGUAUUAUUUAAUAGGUGUAGUCAAACUAGUCCUGUUUAUAUGAACACAGAGAAGUCAGCAGAGCAGCGGCACCCAUUUAUGAGCACUCCAUCAGGAGCUUACAAAGUUAUGACAUUGUGAUACUUUCUGUAUGAUGUAUGUAUAAUUUUGACCCACAAUAAAAUAAUUACUAAUGUC